CGUCUUCCAGGAGCGUUCAUGCGCGGACUGCUGGCCACAGGCGGCCGAGGGGAUGUAACCGGCAGCUGAGCUGGCCAAUUGUGUCCGCAAGCUUUGGCCCGGCUGCCGCCGCCCAUAAGCUACCGGGAGGAGCUUUACGACUUCCCCGCCUGCAGGGCCGGGUGUAGCAAGGGCCAGACGCGUCACGAGCAGGCGCUGCGCCCCAACCGGCCGGCUCCUGGCGGGCCCAUUGCGGAGAAGCUCCUCAAUGGCCAGCGGCAGCUGCAGUCCCGGCCCUGCACUCGCCUCACCUGAUCCUGGGUACGUGCGUCCCACAACACCUCCUCCAGCCAGGGCCCGAGGACCCCUGGGCGCGUCCCCCGCCACCUGGCGCGGCUCAUCCUGGGCAAGACAUACGAACUUCAGGAAAGCAAUGUUCAGUUGAAGUUGACUGUUGUGGAGACAGUGGGAUAUGGUGAUCAAACAGACACAGAAGCCAGGACAUUCCCUGAAGUCUCUUGAUCUAUUAACAAUGAAGAACCUUGACAGUAAGGUGAACAUUAUACUGCUGAUUGCCAAAGCAGACACAAUUUCUAAAAAUGAUUUACAGACGUUUAAGAGUAAGAAAAUGUGUGAAUUAACAGUGGCAUCCAGAUAUAUCAGUUCCCAACAGAUGAAGAAACUACUGCUCAUGCAAACUUCUCAAUUAAUGUUCUCUGUCAAUCUGUCCUUGCUAGAUGCUCAGAUACUCCAUCUAAUUUGAAGCUGGAGGCAUAUGCAGAAGAAUAAAACUUACCAAAUGGA